GCAAUCGUUAUCACAGUGAUUCUCAGUGGACCCAUCUGCUUUCUACUGCUUUUCUCUCUCAGGCAUUACACCAAAUACCUUGUGUACGCUUCUCUCCCCUUCUUCAUCGUCAUGCCGGUUUUCUUUAACAUCUACUGGUUCGUUGCAUGCACGGUUAGCUCGUCCUGCAGCGAUGACCUACCACUUGGUUAUAGAAUUUUCGUCAUGUCUCUCAUAUUUGUGGUGAUUGGGGUCCUGGUUUGGGUUCUAGUUGUGAAUUGGUAUCGGGUUGAGCUGACUAUAAGCAUAAUUGGGGUUGCCGCCGAUGCCCUGUACAAGAAUUUGGGCUUGUUUGUGGCUCUGCCAAUGUUGUCGUUUGGUUUGGUGGUGUACUAUGCUCCCAUUGUGGUGUUCUUAGUGUUUGCGAGGUUUAAUGGCAAGAUUGUGCCCAAGGAAUCUAAUGGGGAGUAUCAUUGUGGUUGGAAGGAAGAUAGUUGGGUGCCUGCUUACUAUACGCUGGGGGUUGUCACAUUGUUGUGGUCUUCUGCAAUAAUGAUGGAAGCUCAAGUUUAUGUGAUCAGUGGGACUAUUGCUCAGUGGUACUUCUCAAAGAACGAUUCCCCUCCUAAACGUGGCAUACGAACUUCAUUGAGGAAUGCGUUUGGCCCAUCUUCAGGCAGCAUAUGUUUCUCUGGUUUAAUUAUGUUUAUCGUUCGCAUGGUGAGAGGUGCCGUUGAUAGUGCUAAACGGGAAAAUAGUCCGGGGGUUGUAAAUCUCGUUCUCCGAACUUGUGUCAAUCUAUUUCUCUCUUCAAUCGAAUUUCUGAACAAGUUCACCAUCAAUUUCGUGGCAAUAACUGGUGAAGCCUACUGCACUUCUGCGAGAAUGACUUACGAACUCCUGAAACGUAACCUUCUCUCAGCUGUCCUGGUGGAGGUUAUCUCCACUCGUAUAUUGGCUGGCAUCACGUUCGUACUCUCAGCUGUGUAUGCAAUUGUGGUGUGUGCAAUACUGAAGGGUGCUAUGAGUCUCGGGACUGAUGCAUACUACGUCGCGAUCCUUGCCUGGUUGGUGCUGAUUGUGGUGUUGGGCUUCUUUGUACAUGUGUUAGACAACGUGAUCAACACGAUUUACAUAUGUUAUGCGAUAGAUAGGGACAGAGGUGAAGUGUAUAAGUCAGAUGUUCACGAGGUUUAUGUGCAUUUGCCCAUCAGUAGAAACCAGAGGCCAAGCUUGGCUACUGAUGCAGUUGUAUGAGCGUAAUGAACUACUGCAUUAUCUGCAGAGGGUUUCUUUCUAACUUUCUGUAACGUCGUUUAGUGUUUUGUUCUUCUUUGACGAGGUGAGAGAUCAUGAUUGCCCGGAACCGGUGAUCUGUGAAUAUACCUUUUGGGUUGCUGCUGCUGCAUUGUAAAUUUUUGAAGCUUGUAAGCAAGACGGGGAAACGAUAUGGAUUCGUACGCAAAGCAGAUUACCUUUAUUGUAAUAAAAGAGAGCGAAAAGGGAAAAGGGAAACGGGAAGAGAAGAACCAAAGAAGGGGAAUGUUUGAGAGGGGGAUGUUUCUGAACAUUGUGAAGUUAACCGUUCUUUGUUUAUUGACUGCAUUUGAGAGGCCGAAAGGCUUCUAGUGUUUCGAAUGUUAUGUGCCAAGUUAGUCUUGUGACUCUGUUUCUCCUUCUGCU